AUGUCACCAGCCUGGCAGGAUGUCUGCAUAGGUCCAGGUGAAGGUACUCUGGGCUCUCUUGAGCCAGCAGCACUUAAAGCUCCAUCUAUAAAGCUCCCAUUCUCUUUCUGUGUCACAAGUGCUGCAGGGCUGGAUGAUCCAGCUUUAUCUUCCUGGUGUGCAAAGCGUGCUUGGUCUGGAAUUUGUUUUUGUAUUUUUUUAGCUUUAGCUGAAGGCAUUUCUGAAAUGCGGGGUGGGGGAGAAAAAGAGAAUGGAAAUGAUAGAACCAAAUCACAGAUUGCCUGCCUGAUUUGGCUGUGGUCUUCUGGUAAUCAGACAUUCCUGAUGUGUUUUUCUGGAUUCAGAAAGAGCUGA